AGUGAAAGCUAGAGAUUGUCUUCUUUUCAAACACGAUUUUGCAGAUCUGCCCAACUGGUUUAGAGCCAGACUUGUAUAAUGGAGAACUGCUGAGUAGGUCCCGGCCUGUCCCUUGCGUUGCCUGCCCGAUUAGUGUUCAUAUGAUUCGCCUGCGCCGGCAGUAUUUGAAAUUUGAAGUUCAGCUUUCAGUGCCGUUAGUGUUCCCUUCUCCUUCCUCCCUCCUCUCUCUCUCUCUUUCUCUCUCUCGCUCUCUAGCGUCGUCCAUGGGCAGACUACAAGCAAGGAGCCAUUACGAAGAUGUCCGGAACGCCAGGGUCGCAGAGAACCUGGCGAAAUUGGCAUCUCUGGGCUUGGAGAGGAGCGCGGAGAUUCUCAAAGAGAGGUUUUCUCCAGUAAAACCUUUCAAGACGCCGAAGAAAUAUAUUAAGAAAGUGCGCGAUUUCACCUCAGUUCGUCGAUCAAGUCGACUGAAAGACAAAAGCGACCCAGAAAAUGGGUCUGUCUUUUCCCAACUGGGCAGGCGCCGGUCGAGCCGGUUGGAAAGCAAACGGACUGCCAUUCCCAUACCAGAUCCCCAGAAGGAGCCUCUGUCAGACUCAUUCAAGAAGGGAAAACCACUGAAAGCUAGGAAAGAGGACGGCUGCGAAGAAGUAAGACCAGCAAAUGCACCACUUAUAUAUGCCAGACCUGCUGACCUGCAGCUUCCUGACCAUGUCUUGGCACGGAGGUGCAAUAGCAAGGAAAGAGGAAGUAUCUACGAUCCUAUUUUGGGCAUAUGCUGCCAUUUUUGUAGACAGAAAAAGCUAUGUGGAGAAGACAAUUGCCUGCGAUGUGGAAACCGUGAUGUGGAGCAGCCUUGUCUAGGAAAGACAGAUUGCUCUAUAUGCCAUUCUAGCCAAGGUGUCUUUUGUAGAGCAUGUCUCAAGGUCAGAUAUGGAGAAGAUAUAGAUGAAGUCAGAAAAAACAGGAAUUGGGUUUGCCCACAUUGCAUUGAAGCUCAAGGCAGUAAACCAUAUUGGAUAUGUAACAGUUCAUUUUGCUUGAAGAAGCACAACCUAGCACCUACUGGCAUUGCCAUUUUCAGAGCUCGUGAGAUGGGAUACAAAUCUGUAGCACAUUUUCUCAUGGAUGAACUUCGAAGGAACAGAAAGUUGGCGUGAGCUGCCGCUUGAUUAUCCAGCGUGGAGAAUUUUGACUGCACACUGCAUGUGUUUCUAUCCUUGUAAUGGUAAACUAGAAGAUUUGAUGCGUAAUUAUAAAAGAAAUUAUGAAGCA